GGGGCAGGACCCUUGCAGAAUCCCUGCGCCUGCCCAUGUGACCCAGCCCAUAUUUCCUGCCCCAGGUGCAGCACCCUAGAAAGGCAGGAAGGAAAGCAGGCCAGGUACAUUAGGACACCAGUACCCCUCCUGAGCGUUUCUGGAACAGAAUCUCUUCUCACCGAGGGAGGGACAGAGCUGGCAGAGGCACCAUGGAGCCCCAUUCAGGCCCUCCACGAGGAAGACGUGUUCCCUGGAAGGACCUCCUGCUGGCAGUCUCGCUCUUAACCCUCUGGAACCCGCCCACCACUGCCCAAGUCACUGUGGAGCCCGUGCCGCCCAGUGCUACCGAAGGGAAGGACGUCCUUCUGCAAGUCCACAAUCUACCUGGGUAUACUGGACGCUUCAACUGGUUCAAAGGGGCCACAACAGAGGAGAACCAUCGUAUUGUAUCAUAUAUAGUAGAUACACAAAAAACUAUCUCAGGACCUGCACACAGCGGCAGAGAGACAGUGUACCCCAAUGGAUCCCUGCUGUUCCGGAACAUCACCCUGAAUGACACAGGAGUCUACACCCUACAAUUCAUAAAUAGAAAUUUUGAAGUGGUACAAGUAACUGGACAGGUCCGCAUAUUCCAACCCUUGGCCCAGCCCACUCUCCAUGCCAGCAACACCACAGUCACAGAAGAUGACUCUGUGGUCCUGACUGGCUCCACAAAUAACACUGGGUUCUCUAUCGGGUGGCUCUUCAAUGGCCGGAGUCUAAAGCUCACGAGGAUGACGCUGUCCCAAGACAACAGCACCCUUACCAUACGCCUUGUCAGGAAGGAGGAUGCUGGGAAUUACCAGUGUGAGGUCUCCAACCCAGGCAAUUCCAGGAAAAGUGACCCUGUGAGGCUGGCUGUGAGCUAUGGAAGAAGCUCCACAGGCCUCCCUGUGGGGUCCAUCAUUGGCAUUGCAAUCGGGAUCCUGGUCGGACUGGCACUGUAGUUCCCUCCUGGAGUGUCUCCUGCUCCACACAGUUUUCUCAUAGUUCCACAGAAUUUUCAAGACUUAUCACCUCAAAAUCAUACAAAUUCAUACAUAGAAUAGAGAAGGAAUAUUGCUCCAACUCAUUCUGAGGUUAGUAGAACCUUUAAAUUGAAAUAGGAACAACAAAAGUACAAAAAGAUGAAAAUAUCAUACUCAGGAACAGAGAAGAAAAAAUACUAAACAAGGUAUUUUCAAACAAAAUCCAACAGUGUAUAGAAUAAGACAGUACACCAUAACUAAGUUCCAAUUGUACCAGCAAAGCAAUGGUGAUUCAACAUUAGAAAUUUAUAAAUGGGGGGCACCUGGGGUGACUCAGUAAGUUAGGCAGCUGGCCUUUGAUUGUGGCUCAGGUCAUGAUCUCAGGGUCCUGGGACUGAUCCUAUGUCGGCCCUGUGCUCA